AUGGAACCAGCAGCCAUAGCGGAGGAGGACCAGCCGCAGCCGGCCAUGAGCGCCGCUAACAGCCAUGAGGUGAGGCUGCACAUAGGCAACACCGGGCCGCCUGCCAAGACCAUCACCAUGACGGCGAAGGGCCGCUACCGGCUCCGGCGAGUUCCCCAGUGGGUGCGCGAGGCCCACAAGGAGGCGUACGCGCCCAAGUUCAUGUGCUUCGGGCCGUACCACUACUACUAUCAUGUCGGCCUCCGCCACGAGGAGCUUAAGGGGCGGUACGCCGCUGAACUCCUGAAGGACGCCGCUGCCGCCGAGCCCCAUGACGAGCUCCGGCAAAUCUGCGAGCAGAGGCUCACAGAAAUGAUCUGUGACAUUCGCGAGUUUUAUGCUGAUCUUGGCCCACCAGAGGCCGCGGAAAUGACAACAGAAGCGUGGGUAAAGAUGAUGUUCCUGGACGGGUGCUUCAUCCUCAAGCACCUGUGCAACUAUGUGCGAGGCACCAACGAAGAGGAGCUGCACCAGUCGAGGUGGGCACCAGCGCAGCUGCGCAGCGACCUCACCUUGCUCGAGAACCAGAUCCCCUUCGCUGUGCUGUUCGAGCUGUUCAACCACCUGGCGCCACGGGACCUGCUGCCGCGCAGCGCUGACAAGAAGAAGAAGCCCACGGGGAAGAGGCCCACGGACAUGGCCUCUUCCCCGUGGGACACUAGGCGCAGGCUGCUGGACAUGGCGCUCUGGUACAUGUUCAAAGGGUCCUUGCCCCCGGGGAAGAGGCCCACGGACGAGCUGGGCGUUGACGCCGAGGCGCCGGUCGAGCACCUGUUGCACCUUCUCCACCUAGCACACUGUGCCCAGCUCAAUGCCACGCAGGAGCGCCGACGACGACGACCACCGGAGAGAGACCUGCGGGGCUUUGUCUCCACCGUGCCGAUCCGGCUGAUGAGGCUGCUGCGGUGCCUGUGCAUGUUUGACUAUGAGCCCGGCCCCGGCGGCAAUAAUGACAACGACGGCCACAUGACGGAGAAUGUCCCGUCCGCGGCGGAGCUGAAGGCCAUGGGCAUCUGGAUCACGAGGACGACGACGACGACGACAACGGGGACGACGGGGCCUCACCACGACGGGACGCUGCUCGACGUGCGCUUCAUGGAGGACCGCGUGAGGCUCGAGAUCCCGACGCUGUACGUGGAGCAGACCACGGCGCCGCUGCUGCAGAACCUCAUCGCGUUCGAGCAGCAGGUGGGCGUCGACGGCAGCGACCACUACACCACGUACGCCUUCCUCAUGUAUAACCUCGUCAGCACGCGGGAGGACAUCACCCUGCUGCAGGAUUUGCGCAUACUGCACAACAACUUUGGAAGUGAUAAAAAGGUCAUCAAUUACUUCAAGAACUUGUGUGUGUGGAACCGGCGCAGCGGAUCGACUCCCAUUGACAAGGUGCUGAAAGAUCUGAGGAGAUGUAGAGUGUUGCAUGUGUACCGUGAUUUGGCAGAGGUGAAGAAUUACAUCAACAGCCCAGUCAAAAUACUUCUACUCAUCAUUUCUGCCAUGGUUGCAUUGUCCACAGUCAUGCAGGCUCUUAUGGCCAUCCGACCACCAACCGGGCACUGA